GGUGAGUGAGCCAACGCAGUUCAGCGGAACAACCAAAAUACAGAGACUGAAGCUUUUGGUCUAAUCAUAACCUUGUUCAUAGAAUGAGUGGGACAACGGAGUGCAGUGACUUUUUGAAAUCCUGACCUGAAGGAAUCCCACCAAAUAAUACUAAUAAUAAUGAUGGAUAUUUAGAGGCGCUAAAACAAAAAGUACCAUAGGGGGUAAGCGCGUACGAUGACAAUGUACUACUAGUACUAGGGUGUCUGAACUUCUGAAGCCACACUGAAAAGUGUCAGCAUAAAACAGGCUGAUUUAGGGGAAAAUAUGGCACAUUUUUUUGGGAAGUUCAGGCUGCUAGAAAAAUGUGAUCUGAAUUGAUUAUUAACUUGUGUUUGGCAUGUAUGGAAAGAGAAAAUUCAGGGGCUUCUUUUGACAGUAAGGACAAGAUAUGAUCAUUUUAAAUAAGGAUUUAGUCUCAUUUAGAGAUAAAUUGUUAACCCUUAUUUGUGUGUGUGUUGAGAUUGCCAUUUCCCCAUGCGUUUUCUAUGGGAAAAUGAAAUGUCUGUUUUGCACAAUUUUUUUCACUUUGUCGCAAUUUUUCAUUGUGAUCUGGUUUAAUAAGAUCUGGUUUGAUAAAAAUCAUACCAUCAGAAAGAGUAUAAAAAAUCCUAUUGGACUCUUUAUGGAUAAGUUUUUGGCAUUAAUGAUAAAUUUAUAACAGCUCUUGGAAGCUAAAAAAUUUUGAAUUGUGUGUGUCCGUUUCUCAACUACACAGUCUAUGGCAGAGAAAUGCUGAAAAACGACCUAAUUUCAUUUCCAUUCUUCUUUUUUGCAGCCCAAUAAUUGGAUUUUUUUUCAAAAAUGUUACAUUUCUGUCAGUCUGAAGGUCAUUUCUUUCAAAUUCACAAAGAAAAUGUGAUAUUUUCUUGAAAUAAGAAAAAUAUUUUUUUUCUCCAGACACCCUAGUACUACAGUGUAUGAAUAAUAAUUUAACAUUUGCAAUUACCACUAACGUUAAUUACCACAAUAUUUUAUUAAAGUAGGCACUUCACUCGGGUGAGCGAUCGUGCGGACAGAGCACUAGACUUGGAUUUUUGCAUUGCAGUGAAUGGCGAGCGCAUGUACAUGUCUAACACACACAAUACGCUCCGCUCGGCACUCCGGCCGAGUGCUGGAGUUGCAUUCAGAAUUGCUCAAAAAAACAGAGUCAGUUUCUUCCUUUAUUCCACUGAUUUUGAUUGGUCAAAAAUUCCCGCGGUUGCUUCGUACAUCUUUGGUAAACAUCGGAAAUAUACAACACAGAGUUUCACCAUCAUCAUCACGGGUACACAGCAACAGAACGAAAGUUCCAUGACGCUGUGGUCGGGUGCAGAUGCGACAUUGAUUAGUUUAGACUUAGAUCUGUUUUCUCACCGAUACCGCACAGGUAAGCAAAUUUUAUUACUACUUGCUUUUCCGUCAAAUUCUUACGAAGUAGCGUCGAUAUUACAUCAUGUUCGUGUGUAUGUAGAAUCUAUCGCUACGUGAACAAAGUCAAUUGAUUUCCGGGUUUAAGAGCAUACGAAGCACCAGCCAAUCACGUUCUUAUUACCAUUUUCAGUUUAUCAUAAACCGAAAAUGGUAACACGAUUGUGAUUGGCUGGCGCAUUCGACGCUCAAAACAGGCUCCACUUCACUGCCACUACACUACACUCCACUUACCCGAACAUCAAGGUCCAAAAUUCGCUCUGAUACUCCUAGUGGCAGAGGUGGGAUAAAAUGCAUAUUUAUUGUGAAAAUUAUACGUCGAAUGGGAAUCAAAAAAGAAAAGCUUUAUUUCGUACUUUACACCCUAAUUUCACUCCAAUGACUCCAUAUCCAUCCUCCGGUUAGCCUCAGAAUUGGAAAUUUAGAACCAACAUCGAGUUCCUCACAAAUAAUUCGCUGCCGAUUUCAAAACAUUGCAUGUGCAUGCGCUAAGGUCCGAGCUCGGACAUGGGUGACAUGUAGCUGUAAUAAGCCGUUUUAACAUUUUUUUUACCAGCUACAUAUAGGUGGUUUGAAUAAAAUGAAUAAAACGGCUGUUUUCGACUGGCCGUAUGGCCGCCGUAGAGCAAAUGUGACCAAGGUAUUAGAGGUGAAAUUAUGUUUUAGCCCAUUUACAUAUUAUUAGGGCUAGAAAUCUUUAAGAGAAGAUCUAUUUUUAAUUGUGGGAAAAAUGAUGAGUGGGGCUUACAUGUAGUUGUAGAUGUAGUAUACUGCAGAUAAAUGCAAGAAAAAUGAAAUAACAAAUAUUGAAAUUAUAUGAUGCUCAUCUAAACUCAAGAGAUAAUGAUUUAGUGAAGUAGAGGAUUAUACACAUUAACAGAAAAUAUUCUGUAUUUUCAUGUCAGAGAACCUUUAAGGAGCAUUGUAAGGAUCUCUGAUUAUUGACAUGAUUGACAAAAAAACAGCUGAAAAUCAUGACAAUUCAAUAAAUCAAUGUGUUUCUCUUAUUUGUUUAGAUAUUAUGGAAAAGAAGUUGCAAGCAUGGCGAGCAAAGAAGGGAUUGCCUAUCCGAAGUAAAGUACAAGAGGAGAAAGAAAAGAGACGGUUAUUAUCCGAGCACACAACUCCAAAUCAUCAGUCAAAGAGGAACCCCAUUCAGGUGUUUAAAUCAGAGAAAAGGUUUGAAAAAAGUGAGGAAAGGAAGAAACAACCCAAGUUUUAUACGCCAGGCCCUUCAACCAGUAAUAAUGCAGCUGUCAAUAGCAGACAUACAUGCAAUGGUUCUAAGAUCAAUAAGCAGCCUGGCAGGCGAAGUCUAGCACCUUCAACCAGGGUGAACACUUUGCAACAAGAGGAUGUGAGCAGAAAUGAUCACAGAAAGCUACCAGCAGACAAGAAAAUGCCAUCUCAUCCAAACAAAAGUGAUAGAACCACAAUAUUCUUGCCUCAGAAACAUCUCAUCAGGUCACAUGAUCUGUCACAUCUUCACAAGAAUCGGAGAUCUGUUCGGUUUACUUCACCAAACUUGUUAGGAUCAGGAGAACCACUUGAUGAGAACGUUCCUGCAACUGCUGCAACCCUUGUCACACCUGUACAGACUAAGACCAAGCUGGACAUGAAAGAAAGGCUGGAUCAGUGGCUGAUAGCAAAGGGCAAAACACCUUCCAGGUUUCAUAACUUCCUGGGCUAUGAGUCAUCUAUGCAACACACCCCUUUAGGCAACUACCAGAGGAGAAGAUCCUGUACACCCCAUCAUGGCAAGGACAGGAGGGACACACCAGGGAAAGGUACACAGAGGACUGAUGGAGCUCCAGGACAUGAUACCAUGAAAGAGUGUCUGGAAAUGCUAGAGGAGGGAUGUCCAUUGGAAGUCAUGUCCAUUUGGCUUGAUGGAGUAGUGACCAAGGCUCCGCUUAUCCAACAGAGUGCUGGCUAUUGGUUGUGCAGGGCAAAGAUUGCUGAGAAAAAAAGUGGAGACCAAGCUGCCACUGAGUGCUUGUUUGAAGCUGCGGAAUUCAAUCCUGAGCCCUUAAAAGAUAUCCUGGACACCCUAGUGACCUACAAACUCAAGCUGAAGAUGAGCCUUGAGGAAAAAUCUGAAGAGACCAGUUCAACAAACUCCCCUCUCAGACACUCACCAUGUCUUGAUAUCCAGACACCAGUAGCACAUCUGGAGUUCGAAGAUGAGGAUUUGAACCAGUCUUCCAAUGGAGAAGGUGGUGAGAGACCAGGAGACUCCCAUUUGAGCAUCAAGUAUAGCCUCAAGGAAUCUACACCUUAUUUUGCAAGGAUUCAUCAGACCACUGGUGAUUUCCCACCGGCAUCUUGCCUGCUGGUCACUCCGGUCAGACGGUCAGCCCGUUUGGACAACAAACGACGUUCUGUGGCAUGUCUGGGUACCCAGCUCACCCGCACUCCGGCUGUCGAGGACUGCAUGGACUCCAUGAGUCAGGUAGCGGCUAACUUUCCUUCAGCGCAGCUUAUUCUUCGCCCAAACAGAGCUCUUAACGAAGAAUUCUCUCAGACUCAUUUACAAGACUAAUGGAGUGUUGCAAGAUACUUGCAAUUGAUUACAAGUUAAUUGCAGGUCCCAAAAUCAAUUAUUAUUUUUGAAUUGUAAAUUUGCAUUUGAUCGCUUGUCUUCUUCUUGCGCGUUGUGGUCUAGUGGUUCUGACUUUCGCCUUUCAAACAGAGGGUUGUGGGUUCGAAUCCUGGCCGUGGCAUGUUUUCCUUCAGCAAGAAAUUUAUCUACACUGUGUUGCACUCAACCCAGGUGAGGUAAAUGGGUACCGGCAGGAUGUGAAUAUAACUAUUUUGUGAAAUUAAGCGAAACUUCCAAUUUGGAUGAAAUUUUCAGUGUUAUGCUAGGUGGAUUUUUCUCUUUUUAUUCAAAUCAACUUUUUGUUGAGGUGGCCUUGUCCUUUAAUGAUAUUAUUAUUAUUUAUCAACAAAAAUAAUUGUUUUGUUUUAGUUACAAUUGAUCUAUCACUUUUAAAUUUACAACUGAAUUUCCAAUGAAUAGCAUAUAUUUCUUGCAACAUCCCCAGGAGAAUUAAUUCCGCUUUAUUGCGUUGUUAAUUAACUGCCAUGUAUACAAUGAGGAGUCUGAUUGGUAUUUUACAAUACUUUGACCAAAGUAACAAUAUAAAUCUUUCAAAAGCAAAUAGCUAUUUAUUUUGGAAAACUGUAGAUGAACAGUUCUCAUUAUUUCGUAGAAAUCUGUACUGACAAGAAAUGCUUGCAGUAUGAGAAACAAGUGUAUGCAAAGUAAUCAACAACUGAUUGCAUUUAUGUGUGUUGAGUACUUGAAUUGAUUUUGGCAAAAAAAAAAUCAUUUGUACAAGUAUGUAAUUGGAUCUGGGAGUUGCUGGCUACUAAACGUGGAUGAUGUAUACAGGCUUCUUAUCUGUCUCCAAUCUUGCAUGGUUGUGGGGCUGUGGGCCUACCACAAAUUGUGACAGUUUUUAAAGAAUGACCCUGCAUUAUGAAAUACCACCCUUUUUCUGCCUACAUUUCCACUAUUCUCAGAAUUUCAGCUCUCAAGUUCUUGCUGAAAUGCUUCCCAGGGAGUUGAAAAAGUGCUUAGGUUACACGUUGACAAGCAAGAAGUCAUUAUUUAAUGUUUGGUUUACAUAAGUCGCAUCAGAACUUGAUUGAUAUAGAUCUAAAGUGAAAAUUAACUUUGAUUUUAAAAGAUUUUUUACACAACCUUGCACUCACUGUAGCUACUUGAGUUUUGCUUGCAAUGACAAAAGAUCUGUUUGAUCUAGGCCCGUAUUACAAAGAGUUAUGAUUGAUUCAAUCAAUCAUAACUAUGGACGGCCAGCAAUGUCAACAUCUAAAAUGCAAAUUUAUUCAAAAUAUUUUCUAGAUAUGAUGUAUAUUCAGGGCUCCACACUAACCCUUUUUUUCUACUGGUCCAACCUGUUCAUGUCGGACCAGUAGAUACCGAGUUUUUCCAUUUUUUACUGGUCUGAACCUGAAAUUUACUGUUCCCCCAAAAUGAAGGGGGAAAAAAUACUUGAGUUUAUUUUGCUAUCUUGUAUUGCUUUUAUUGCCCCCCCCCCCAAAAAAAAAAAAACAUACAUACAGUACACACACACACAACAUAAUUCAUGAGACACAUUUCUCAAUAUUGGAGAGCCAUUUAUUAUGCUUUGUUUUUACUGCUCAUGUCGGACCAGUAAAUCUGGCUAUUUCUUAAAAGUUACUGGCCCAACAGCAAUUUCUACUGGUCUGAGACCGUCGGACCAGUACCAGUGUCGCGCGCUGGUACAUUCAUCCUUCUCUUGAAGAUUCAGUGUGACUCUCUUUGCUUACUAAGGAGAUUGUGCAAAUUUCCUGUAGAAAAAAAAAAUUGGAUGGAUGGAUUUCCAUACAGUUGAGAUUGAUUAAAUCAAUCGUAACUCUUUGUAAGACGGGGCCCUGAUGGUCAUCCUGUGAAUUGAUGUUUACAUGUGUUCUGGGGCCCGUCUUACAAAGAGUUGAGAUUGAUCCGAUCAAUCGCAACUAUGGACGGCCAGCAACGUCAACCUCUAAAAUGCAAAUUUGUUCAAAUUUUUUUAUAGAUAUGUAUAUUCAUACAUUCGUCAUUCUCUUGAAGAUUCAGUUGAUUCUCUUUUGUUUAUUAAGGACACUGUGCAUAUUUCCUGAAGAAAAAUUAUGACAUUGAUGGAUUUCCAUAUACUUGAGAUUGAUCGGAUCAAUCGUAACUCUUUGUAAGACGGGGCCCUGAUAUUAGUCUGGUGAGGGUCAGAAAAGUAACCUUAUGGUCUAUAUGACCACUAAAACUGGAUUCAUAGAGUGUAAACUAUUAUGCUUCUCAUAUAUGUACAGUAUUUACAUAUUCAUUAUUGCAAACAUUAUAGGCUCAAAAUCUCAUUUUUCAUGGGUUGUGGAAAGAACAAAACGAUGACAGGUAUCAAAGUCAUUCCUGUAAAUGUUAGCUUCCAUGUAGGUAGAUUUCUUAUGCUACUUGAAUUUAAGAAAAGAUAUGUUGUAGCACCGACAUGUACAGUGUAUUUACAUGUAUGCUUUAACCCUAUCCAGGCCGGGAGGGGGGGCCUCGGAGGCCCCUCCCCUCAAAUGAUUCGCGCAAUAUGCCGCAUGAAUUUUUUUGACCGCGCCGCUCGCUGACUUUUUACUUUCAAGUCUUGCGCAACUUUUGAGACCAGUUUUGCGUCACCCGGGUACGCGGUUUCGAAAUUACGCAACAUUAUGUAAGUGCAUGUCAGACCAAAAAUUGCUCCAAAAUGUGAUUUCGUGUACAAAGUCAAUGCAAAUUGUGUUUUCAACCAAAAAUCAUGAAUGUAUGAUUAUUUUUAGUUUUGCAGGUCUAAAUGUAUGUAUUUUAUGCCAUUUAUGAUCUCAGAAGAAACCCCAACAAAUAACAUUGAAAAAACAAUGAAAAACAAAAGGUCCAAGAAAUUGCAAAAAACAAUAAAAUAUAUAAAAAAUGAUCUAAUAUCGCAAUUCAUUUAAUGUACACUUGCUAGGAACACCAAAAAGAAUUUUUAUACCAAAAAUUGGAACAUUUGGGGCUUUAUUUAGGGAGUUAUAGGGAAAAGUAUGAUUUCGCAUAUGGCCAUUUGGCCAUAUGAACUCCCAAACUACCCCGGCCUAGAUAGCCAUAGGGUUAAGUUUGUGUUAAUGAAAUGCUGUCAUUUUAUUUGUUUACAUUGUAAAAUUCGAGCAGUUUACUGUUUACCAUUCAAAAUACAUAAUGUACACCCCCCCCCCCCCCCCCCCCGUUGUAUAGUAUGAGUAUGUGUAUAUCCAAACUACUGUUACAUAAACACCUGUGAAUUCCAAACCAUUUAAGGGGUACUCCAAGCUGAAAAUAAUUGUCUAAAUAUUAAAAUAGAGUACAUUUUACCAAGCAGAAUGCUGAAAAUUUCAUCAAAUUCUGAAAAAAACAAGGAAGCUAUUGAAUUUUAAAGUUAAACAAUAUUUUUUGUGGAAACAGUUAUAUGCACAUCAUCAUGAAUAUUCAUUACAUGGGCUGAUGAUGUCAUAUCCCCACUUUCCUUUUUGUUAUGUUAUUACAUAAAAUCGUGAUUUUUUUUUCAUGUGUGUAAGUGAUAUGUUUUCUUUAUUUAUACCGGUAAUAAAAUAAGUUGCACCAACAAAUAUUGAAUGCAUUAUUCAGCUUGCAAUCUAUUUGUUUAAUUCUUAGAGGACAAAAUUUGAAUAAACAUAAUUUCAUAUAAAAUACAUCAUCAAUUUGCUCAUUGAAUAUUGAUGAAGACAUGCCUAUAACUGUUUCACUGAAAUAAUGCAAAUCUUUUAAAUGCCACAAAGUUAUGGCAUAACUUUGUUAUCUCUUGCCAGAUUUUAAUCAAAUUUUCUGUGUUUUGUUUGUCUGAUUUUUCUUUAUCUGUUCAAAUCACAUUAUUUCAACCUGGAUUACCCCUUUAAAGUGAGUUCAGUCAAAUUUUCACUGGAAGCGUGAAAUUAGAUUUACUUCUGAAAUGGGUGAAUUCAAACUGUAAUUUCUUCAUUAUCUGUAAUACCCCUUUCAUAAACCCAAUAAAACAUAUCCUCCAAUUAGCCGCCUAAGAAUAAUGCGGAUAAUUCAAUAAAAAUUGCGUUCACAAACUCCGAAAAUCAUCCGCAUUAUUUUUACGAGCGCCCGUCCUGAAAAAGGCGGAUAAUCGUCAUGACAACUGGACACGCCCCCUCCGAUGCGGUUGUGUUGGAAAAGGGUGACCUUGUGACCGCACCAUGGCAAUUAUCCGCAUUAUUUGGAAAUACGUUCAUAAACUCAAAAUCUUGUCCCGAUGCCGCUAUUAUGCGGAUAAUAGCAGCAUCAGAAUAAUGCGGAUAACUCUUGUCCUCCUCUGAUUUUACGACCAAAUUAUGCUGCUAUUAGCCGCAUAAUUGGGUUUUAUUGGGUUUAUGAAAGGGGUAUAAGAGAGGCAUUUACUUUGGGACACAAUGUAACAGAAUUGCAACUUGAUGUUUAUUUUAAGCUUAUUUAAUGUAAGUAAUAAUGAAAUACAUUUAUAUAUUUAUAUUUUGAUUGAAUUGAAUUGUAGCUUUAUUGAAAAAAGCAGUAAUGUAGAAUCUUGUUACCCUUUGGAAUAAUAAAGGGUUGUCAACAACUUGU